AUGAGAAACGACUAUGCAGAUUUAAAGAAAGAAGCAGAGAAACCAGCAGAAGAUAAAAUGAACAUGUUAGAAUUUCUGAACAAAAACUAUCCAACUGCUGACGAUUUCCUUCUGUCUGACGUCAAGAAGAAGUAUAAAGAAACUUUCGGCAUAGUUAAAACAUUCGAUAUCCUCAGCGAAGAAAUAGAAGCUACAAAACUGUUUAGAGUCUCACGAAUUCAUAACGUUUACCAUGUAAAACGCUUAUAA